GGGAACGUAGCCUACACAACACGAGCCCGAGGUCUCUCGUCGACUCACGCGCGCACCCACCCACCCAAAACCCUAGCGCGAGUGGGGAGGGGCGAGGGGGUGGUAGUUGUAGUAGCAGCAGCAGUAGAGCUAAGCUAGGGUUUUCCCUCCCCCCGCGCGCGCAGCAGGCGGCAUGGAGAGCCUGGUCCUCGCCUCCUCCUGCUCCGCUUCUCCCCGCCUGCCUCCCCUCUCCGCGGCCCGCCGCCGCCGCCCCUCCUCGCAGACUCUCCCGGCGACGGCUGCGGCGUCCGGGCGGAGGGGAGCUGGGAGGUCCAAGCUCGUCGUCGUCGCCGCCGCCGCCGCCGCGGCCCGCGGGUCCGGGAACGGUUUCGAGGGAUUAAAGACAAAUGGAUUUGCAAGCAUGUCGUCUUCGACCAACAGUGAGAAUAUGUCAACUGGAACGGGUUCCCUACCUCCCAUGCCACCCCCAUCGUCAUACAUCGGUUCGCCUGUUUUCUGGAUUGGAGUUGGUGUAGCAUUGUCCGCAGCAUUUUCUAUGGUCUCUUCGAUGGUAAAGAAAUAUGCAAUGCAACAAGCAUUCAAGUCAAUGAUGACCCAGGCACCGCCAAACACUUUUGGCUCAAACUCGCCUUUCCCAUUUGCCAUGCCACCACAGGCAGCUCCUGCAGCUCCUAGCAGUUACCCAUACUCACAACCAAGGAAAGAUACCUCUCCUCAAUCUGCAACUGUCGAUGUUUCAGCUACUAAAGUGGAAGCAACUGGAACUUUGGAAGAGGCUGAUGUGGCUGAACAGCCAAAGAAGAAAUUUGCCUUUGUUGACGUUUCUCCUGAAGAGUUGCAGCAAAAGGAACUUCAAUCUUCACUGGAGACAGUGGAUGUAAAAAGUGAGAGUAAACAGAGUGAAACUAUGGAGGAUACUGAGCAAAAAGCUCCAACAAAUGGAACUGCUUUUAAGAUGAAUGAAGGUUCUGCUAGCGGGACAACUGAAUCUAGCAAUUCAGGGCCUAUGUUGUCCGUUGAUACAAUUGAGAAAAUGAUGGAAGAUCCAGCCGUGCAGAAGAUGGUUUACCCCUAUUUGCCUGAGGAGAUGAGGAACCCUGAUUCAUUCAAGUGGAUGCUGCAGAAUCCAAUGUACCGCCAACAACUACAGGAUAUGCUAAACAACAUGGGUGGAUCUCCUGAUCAAUGGGAUAACCGAAUGCUCGAUCACUUGAAGAAUUUUGACCUUAGCAGUCCAGAAGUCAGGCAGCAGUUUGCGCAAGUUGGCAUGACUCCAGAGGAGGUAGUAUCGAAAAUAAUGGCAAACCCAGAAGUUGCUGUUGCAUUCCAGAACCCAAAGAUUCAAACAGCGAUCAUGGAUUGCUCACAAAACCCGCUCAAUAUUGUAAAAUACCAGAACGACAAAGAGGUCAUGGAUGUUUUUAUGAAGAUAUCACAAAUCUUCCCUCAAAUUAAUGGCUAGUGGAUCGUCGCCGUGAGAUUGCAGUUUUGAUUUUUGUUGCCCUAUCAUCUCUUCCAAGUGGCUGCGGUAACAUCUGUUGAUCGGCUGAGUAAAAGGAAACGAAGUUCAUCUGUUCAGUCAUUACGGACAAGAUGUAAAAGCUUUCCUGUCAGGGUUUUUUGAGUUGCCAAUGUACAUCAUCAUAUCGCCUAGUGUUUGGUUUGGUAGUGACCCUGCCUCAAGCCAGAGCAGGCAACGAAGCGAAGUUAAGGAUUUUUUUUAUUUACAUCCCCGCGCCCCCGUACAACUGUGUAGCUUGUGCUUUGACGUUACGAGGUUUGUGGUAGGUUGUGAAGAUGCAGAGAUAGUUCAUAUCACCUCAAUUUUGAUAAUAUUAUGUAUUAUAUCUGUGUUAGCAUUGCAAUGCAAGCGAACAAGUUUACUAUCUUCCAAAGCAACUUGGUUGGAUUGGUGCUUGUGUUACUCUACAUAUAAUUUGGAGGCUAAUAAUUCAAGUUCUUGA